GCCCCCUACUCUGGCUGUGUCUUCCUGCACGAAGGCUGGCCCUUGUGCCUCCAUGAGAAGGUGUCCGUCCAUCUUAGCCCCUUGAACCCCCUCCUGCUCCGACCGGGAGACUUUUACCUCCAAGCCGAGCCUUGUGGGGAGCAGUCGGCCUGCCUGGUGGUGAAGUGUCUCUCCAGGGACUUGACCACCGUUGAGAAGAUCCCCAUCCCUGAUGCCUCUUGUUCGUGGCUCUUCACCGAAGCCUGGUUGGAGGACAUCAACCGGGACCUGGAACGGCCAACCCUGCGCACCUGCCUGGUGGCCACCGGCAACGGCAUUGUCCCCGUCCCAUGGAAUAAAAUAGCGACCCCGGAGUUUGUCCAGCUCCCCAAAGCAGAACCUCCCAUGGAGAAGGACUCCGUCCACCCUGAGCCUCCAAACCACCCCAGCGGUGGAGACCAGGCCUCCAAACCAUCUCAAGGCAAGUAUCCUGGACUCAUCAAGGUGGACCGGGGCUCCUGGAAGAGGUCCACCCUCUUUGUGGUGCCCAGCCUCUGCGACAUCAUCAGCGAGAACCUGGAAGGCGAAUAUGUCAACCUGGUGGAGUUUUCAGAAGAACCUCCCAAGGUUGAGAUGUCUUCUCCAUCGGUGGCUCCUCAUCACCUUCCACCAGAAGCAGAGAAGGUGCUUCUUCAACCCAAUGGGAAACCUGGCCCUCUGGGUGUGGCCUGGGAUUGUGGGAAAGAGCAAGAUUUGGAGGAGGGUCCCUGCACCCCCUGUCUGAGAAGGAAACUGAGCCCGGACUCCAAGACCCAUGAGCCACGGUGCCGUUACCGAGACUCCUACAUGGCGGCUCUCCAGAACCCCAUCAGCUUCAACUCGGGGCUGAUGGCGGCGAUAUUGGAGGAAAUGGACUUGAACCAAGCAGUGGACACGGAGGUCCAGCCGGAUGAAGGGUCAGGCCAGGUGAUCUCGCCGAACCUCUCCGGACACCCCAACAAGGACAGGAAAACAGAGGAAAUCCCCAGGUCGGGGCCCACGAAACCCGCCAAGUCUCCAGCUGAAGGUCCGGCAGUCAGCAGUAAAUUCUCCUUCCUGAAAGGCCACCGUCCCUUGGCCUCUUCUGGGGAGGGGUCUGCCCCCCCUGAGAAAGCUGGCAAGGGGCCCGAAGGGCCUCGGAAGAAAACGUCGAUGGUCUCCUCUCCCAAAGUGGCCAGAGUGAAGUCAGCAGCUGGAAAGG